CAGUGACCCCUGGUUCUGGACUCGCCGGUCGCUGGGAGCAUCCUUUCUGCAUUUACUGUGUCUAGUCCCUGUAAGAAUUUUCUAGAUUUCUGUCGGGUCUCCCCCCCCCCGCCAUUCUUGUGGAAAACCAACAGAAACUGGCAGAGGUAAAGAAGACACCGAGAUCGAAGUAGUGCGCAUGCGCACAGCCGCCUCGUCAGCUCUCGGCUCCCAUAAUAAAAAUAAUAAAUUGCUUUUCGGAUUUUUUUUCACUGUUGUAUUGCUGGGAGACAUAUUCUCCCGGAGGCUGGGGACGAAUCGAAGACCAAAAAGACCCAUGAAUGGGAGCAAAGCAGCGGGAAGGCGUGCGGUAAGGGGCGGUGGAUGGACAGUGAGCGCGCGGGCGGAGGGACGGUUUUCUGCCGCUCGCGCUGACCGCCCCCGGCGCUGGUUGUCGGACGGCGAGCAUCAUGGCCAGUCUGUACCAAAGCACCGAGUCGUCGUCUCCCAACAAAUACCUGACAUUAAAGGACGUGCGGGAAGUCAAGGAGGAGACCACCGUCGACGAGAAACUGUUCCUGCUGGCGUGUGAGAAAGGAGACAAUUACAUGGUCAAAAAGCUGCUUGAUGAGAAAUUCAGUGAGCUGAAUAUAAAUUGUGUGGAUGUUCUGGGGAGGAAUGCAGUUACCAUUGCCAUUGAAAAUGAAAAUCUGGAUAUCUUGCAGCUUCUCUUGGAUCGUGGCUGCCAGACUACAGAUGCUCUACUUGUGGCGAUUAGCUCUGAAGUUGUUGGUGCUGUUGAUAUUCUUCUCAAUUUUCGUCCCCGACGUUCAUCCAAGCCAACCAUAGCAUUCCAGAUGUUUACAGAAGAAUCAAUGUCGAUUUUGUGUAACACAAGCAAGUACAGACCGUUGAUUGAUCCUUUCCUUUGGAUUGAACAGCAACACUAUACAAAAUUAAUGCAGAGAAUUCAGAAUCCCGAAUAUUCCACGACAAUGGAUGUGGCUCCUGUUAUCCUUGCUGCUCAUCGCAAUAACUAUGAGAUCCUGACUAUGCUACUCAAGCAGGACCUGUCAUUGCCAAGACCACAUGCAGUAGGAUGUGAAUGCACACUGUGUAAUGCAAAGAACAAAAAGGAUAGCCUACGCCAUUCUAGGUUCCGUCUUGAUAUUUAUCGCUGCCUGUCUAGUCCAGCACUGAUCAUGCUUACAGAGGAGGAUCCUAUACUAAGAGCCUUUGAACUCAGCGCAGAUUUGAAGGAACUGAGUCUCGUAGAGGUGGAAUUUAGGAACGACUAUGAGGAACUAGCACAGCAGUGUAAGACUUUUGCAAAAGAUCUCCUAGCACAAGCCCGGAAUUCCCGUGAAUUAGAGGUUAUCUUAAAUCAUACGUCCAGUGAUGAACCAAUUGACAAAAGAGGAUUGCUUGAGGAGAGGAUGAACCUAAGUCGACUUAAACUAGCAAUUAAGUACAACCAAAAAGAGUUUGUGGCUCAGUCCAGUUGCCAGCAGUUUCUGAACACAGUAUGGUUUGGGCAGAUGGCAGGCUAUAGACGGAAGCACACCUGUAAGAAGAUUCUGACUGUUCUAUCAGUUGCCACUCUGUGGCCAGUGUUGUCCCUUUUUUACCUGCUAGCACCAAAGUCUCGAGUAGGACGAAUUAUUCACACUCCUUUUAUGAAAUUCAUCAUUCACAGUGCAUCAUACUUUACAUUUCUACUACUAUUGAACUUAUACUCACUGGUGUACAACGAAGACAAAAAAAACACAAUGGGCCCAGCACUAGAGAUGAUCGACUACCUCCUGAUUACAUGGAUAGUUGGAAUGGUGUGGUCAGAUGUGAAGAGACUGUGGUAUGAUGGACUUGAAGAUUUUAUGGAGGAAUCUCGAAAUCAACUCAGUUUUGUCAUGAACUCAUUGUAUUUAGCAACAUUUGCUCUCAAAGUUGUGGCCCAUAAUAAGUUCCAUGCGAUUGGAGACAGAAAGGAUUGGGAUGCUUUCCAUCCCACUUUAGUGGCAGAGGGUCUGUUUGCUUUUGGCAACAUUCUCAGUUACUUACGACUUUUCUUUAUGUACACGACUAGUUCCAUCCUUGGACCACUGCAGAUUUCCAUGGGACAAAUGCUGCAAGAUUUUGGGAAGUUCUUGGGAAUGUUUCUCCUUGUUCUGAUCUCUUUCACCAUCGGCCUUACUCAAUUGUAUGAUAAGGAGUUUUCGAUGGUGGAAGACAAGGAUUGUUCUGGAAUCUUCUGUGAGCAGCAGAGCAACAGCACCUUCCAUUCUGCCCAGGGAAAGACUUCAAGUGCCAAUUCAGGUAGACCUGCCACAGCUAAUCUGCUAAUGUUUUUCGGGACCUGCUAUGCCCUAUUCUGGUACAUUUUCUCCCUGGCACAUGUGGCACUGUUUGUCACAAGAUUCACUCACUCUGAUGACCUGCAGUCUUUUGUUGGAGCAUUUAUCAUUGGCACAUACAACGUGGUCGUUGUGAUUGUCCUGACCAAACUGCUGGUGGCGAUGCUACACAAAAGCUUCCAGAUGAUCGCUAAUCAUGAAGACAAGGAAUGGAAGUUUGCCCGAGCAAAGCUGUGGCUGAGCUACUUUGAUGACAAAUGCACUUUACCACCACCUUUCAAUAUCAUUCCUUCCCCAAAAACCAUUUGCUAUCUCUUCACAAGUCUCAACAAAUGGAUCUGCUCUCACACCAGUGCUGGAAAAGUGAAACGCCAAAACAGCCUUAAAGAAUGGAAGACUCUCAAGCAAAAACGAGAUCAAAAUUACCAAAAAGUGAUGUGUUGCUUGGUCCAUCGUUACCUUACUGCCAUGAGGCAAAAGAUGCAUAGCACAGAUCAAGCAACUGAAGAGAAUUUGAAUGAACUCCGCCAGGACCUUUCCAAAUUUCGCAAUGAAAUGAGAGAUCUCCUUGGCUUCAGGACAGCAAAGUAUGCUAUGUUCUAUUCACGGAACUGAAAAGUAUUUGAGGAGACUAGAUCCUGUCAUGUUUCAUUCAUGUUGUAAGUAUGAAACUGAGUGAAAGGAUAUCUUUGUCAUUUGUCUGUCAUUGUCAGAUAAUCAUGGUUCGUUUAAUGCGAUCUAUUUUUAUAAAUUCUCAAGCUGAAAAUGUAGUUACAUAUGGAGUUUCUAAUUUAGAUGGAAUACCGCAACACAAAUAUAAUUGUCAAUAAUUUAUUGUAAGUAGAUACUGCCGUUUUGUUAUUAGGAGCAUGCUGCUGGUAUUUAUUUCCCUUAAAGAAGUUUUGCAUUCCUGACUCUACUGCUCUACAGUGGUUUGGCUGGAUGUUUCAGAAGUGCUUCAGAAACCCACAAGGCAUUUCAAAAAAACAGGAAAUGAAAUUUGCUUUGCAUUCAUUAUGGACAUAUUAGCAGUUCCCAUUCAUUCUUACAUCAGUUAUUUUAACAAAGACGUCUGCUAACUUGACUUAAAUGUUUCUAUUAAAAUAGCAAAGAAAUUUUAAUUGAUUGUAUGAAAGCUUUCAUUGACUAUCUAGCAUGAGCAAUUUCAAAUCUAUUGUUUAGAGACAAAACAGUUGCAUAUCUGCAUGCAGUAAUACCUAUAGCAUGUUGGGUCAGUAAAAUGGUUCUUUUGCUUUGGUCUGUUUUUGAAUUAAGAUUUAAAAUAUACUUUUCGUAAUUUUCUUGGGGUGAAGAAUGUCAGCUCUGGUAAAAGAUACAUUCUCACAGGAAGCUUUUUAUGUGACUCAAUAAUUCAGUUACUGAAUCUUCACAGUAAGAAUAUAACAGGCACAGUUGCUAACUGUCGUAGCAAAUUGAUGUAAAAUAACUUAUUUUACAUUGCAUGAGAAAUUUAUAAUAGACUGGUCCUGACAAAGUAUUAAGACUGUAAGACAUAGAAACAGAAUUAAGCAGUUCAGCCCAUUGAGUCUGCUUUGCCGUUUAAUCAUGAUUGAGAUGUUUCUCAACCCCAUUCUUCUGCCUCCUCUCUGUAACCUUUGAUCAGCUUACUAAUCAAGAAGCUACUUACCUGUCUUAAGUACACUGAAUGACUUGAUCUUCACAGUCUUCUGUGGUAAUGGGUUCUACAAAUUCAUCACCCUUUGGCUGAAGAAAUUCUUCCUCAGUUCUAAAGGGUUGUCCCUUCAUUCUGAGGCUGUGCCCUUGGGUCCUAGUCUCUCCUACUCAUGGAAGUAUCUUCUCCAUUUCAACACAUGGCAGGCCACUCAGUAUUCUGUUAUAUUCCACUGCCUUCAUCCCUGUAAACUUUAUGAAGCACAGAGCCAGAGUCUUCAACCACUCCUCAUAUGGCAAGCCCUUCAUUCCCAGGAUCAUUCUUGUAAACCUAGCCUGGAUCCCUUCCAAUGCCAGUACAUCCUUCGUUAAGUAUGGGUCCUGAAACUGUUCACAGUAUUCUAAAUAUGGUCUGACCAGAGCCUUACACAACUUCGGCAUACAUCCCUGUUCUUGUAUUCUAGUCCUGCUGAAACGAAUGCAUUUGCCUUCCUAACUGCCUGCAUAUUAACCUUAAGAGAAUCCUAAACUAGGACGCUCAAGUUCUUUAUGCUUAGGAAAUAGGAUCAUAAUAGGUUGUUAACCUGCUGUGAGACCUUAUGAAAGUUUAUUCAUGAUUCAUGGCUAAGAGUAGAGUAGAACUGUGCACUAAGAUGUUUGUUCAACAGGGUUAUAAGGGUUUUUGAUGGCAGCCCUUGACCUCGUCUUUCCUCUUGGUUUUCUGGAUGUUUCUGCUACGGUCUUAUUGAACAUGGAUCAGUCUUGAGGGUUUGAAUGGCCUAUUUCUGUUCCUCUAUUCCGAAGAAUACACUGCCUUCAUUGGUAAAAUUAUAUAGUGGACUCCAAUACUUUUUAAUGUUGACAUUUAAUUAAUGCAAAAUAUACACUUUUUCCACAGAAGAAUACAAAUGGCUUGCCCUUAGGGAUUCCCUCCUUCGCUAAUUUAAGUAAAAAUAUAUGUAUUAAUGUGGGAAACACUUCAUACUUCAAAGCUGUUUUUAAAACAGUGAAAUUAGGAGCUGCUGUCAUAUCAGAAUGUACGAUAAAUUUGCAAAAACUGCAAGUGAAAUGCCAAUGUCUUUAAAUUGAAGGUUGUAAAAUUUAUGAUUAAGAUUUGGGCUGCCACUUAGUAUCAUUUUAUAAACUGCAUGAUUUUAAUGAAGAAUACUUUAAGAUGAUGAAAUACUUAAGCAAAAUGUCUAUACAUUUUAUUGGAGAUUGUAUUAAUUUCCUAGGGAUAGAAAUUCAAUUAGCAGUCCAAUUAUAUCUCCCUCAUGAUCAAUAUUAGAAUUGUUAAGUAAUGCAUUAUGAAAGGGAGACCAUUCUGCCCACUGUGUCUGUGCCAGCUCUUUGAAAGAGCUAUCCAAAUCAGUCCCACUCGCUAGUUUUUCCUCACAGUCCUAUAUUUUAUUUUCCUUGAAGAAUUUAUCCUAUUCCUGUCUGAACGUUAUUGUUGAACUUGCUUUCAACAUCCUUCAGGCAAUGCUUUAGAAAUCACAAGUUUGUAGUGAAAAUAAAUUUGAAAAAAAAAAACAAAAUCAUGACAACUAGUUCUGAUUAUUGACCUUUCUGCCACUGGAACAUGUUUAAAGUCACCUGAUACCAGGUCACAGUCCAACAGGUUUAUUUGAAAUCACAAGUUUUUUUAAUCACUGCUCCUUCGUCAGGUGACUUCUAUGAAAUAUACCCGAAACCUUUCUUGCUAGAAACAGAACAAAUCUAGCUCCAGCUUCCCCACUCUUUCCACUUAACUGAAGUUCCUCAUCCCUGGGAUCACUUUAGUUUUUUCCUACAGCUGCAGUAAGGUGUUGAUAUCCUCCCUAAAGGCUGGAGUCCAGAAUGGGGCACACAACUUAGCAGGCACAGCCUUAAAAAUCAUGAAUAACAACUUGGUAUGAUUUUCUUUUGUAUUUUGCCUCUAUUAAUAAAGUGAAGGAUUACACAUG